UUUGUAGGAAGCGAAAACAAACUGGGAAGGAGAUUGAGUUGCCUUGCAAAUGGUGGCUAGCGGAGAAUUAUAGAAAUCUCGUGCCACUCAACACAGACUUUAUAAAAAGGUUAUUGGUUCAAAAAUCACCAUCGAUUUUUGAAAAAGGAGGCUUGUUUUCAAUCAUAGACUCGUCGAAUUCAAUGCUUCGAUAAGAUGGCAAAUGCCAGUAAAAAGAUCCAAGAAGGCCUUGGUCACAUCAAGGAGGCUGAAAAGUAUUUGAAAACAAGCUUUUUUAAAUGGUCUCCAGAUUAUGACAGUGCUGCAGAUAGGUAUCAAAAGGCAGCCACUUGCUUCAAGGUUGCAAGAUCAUACGACAAAGCGAAAGAUGCGUUUAUUAAAACUGCAGAGUGUCACGAGAAAAACAACCAACUUUUUCAUGCUGCCAAAUCGUUAACUGAAGCAGGAAAUAUCAGCAUCGAAUCGAAAAAUCUUGAUGAAGCUAUAAGACUGAUGGAUAAAGCAAGCUUAUUAUACAGAGAAAAUGGAACUCCAGACACAGCCUGUAUAAGUCUCGUAACAACGGCUAAAAAGGUAGAAUUUACAGAGCCUUUGAAAGCAAUGGAGUUAUAUGAAAAAGCUGCAGUUAUUGCAGAGGAUGGUGACAAAAUCAGAGAAGCUGCAGGACAUCUUAAUAAUGCAUCGAGGUUGCUGGUAAAGAGCAAGCAGUAUCGAAAAGCUGUUGAUAUUGUGAAACGUCAAAUUGAAUUAUACACAAAAGUUGAUAAUUACCCAUCUAUUUUUAACCUUGUUUUGGGUCUGGUUUUGUUAUAUCUGACUGAAAAAGAUUUAAUUGCUGCUGAAAACUGUUAUCAAAGUUCAUUUGAAUAUCAAGGCUUUGGUGCAUCUGAUUCUGCAGAGGCCAUUGAACAGCUCAUAGAAGCUUAUACCAAUGGUGAUGAUGCUGCAAUGAAAACAAUCACCUCAAAGCCAAUUAUAAGUUGUCAGGACACUGAAUUUGCUAAAUUGGGAAAGAUGCUCAGGGCCCCAAAGGCAGACGAUGCAUUUGAUGAGUAUGCUGGAAAUAUCGGGGAAGGAGAAACUAGAGACCCCCCAAAAGGAGCUUCUAGCAGUGAAAUUGGUGGUGGCGAAAUAGAUCUUUGUUAAUGUGCGGCUGAGAAACAUUUCAUGUCAACUAUUUGUUGCUUCAGUUAAUUUAUUGUUGAUAUAUGGUCAUUUUGCUUUUGACAAUUAGCUUUAUUGUGACAUAGAAAGAAGAGGACAUUUUUAAUUUCAUUACAAUUACAUGCAUAAAAGAUAUGAAUAGUGGAGAUCUUUACUGCAUUCCAAAUUGAUAGAUACCAUAGCCGCAGUGCUUAAAGUAAUUUCGGGUAUUAUCAUAUAUGUGUCAUAACCUUGAGCUAUUAACAAGUCUCAAUUAAAUAUUUUUCUA